AUGUCCAGGGGCUUCAUCCCUCCGAUUCUAUUCUCUCAGUGUCUUGACCAUGUUCCUCCCACAGGACUCUGUGUACCCCCCGCCCGCAGCGGACACCGCUGUGUUGCAGACAGCACCAACCUGUAUGUGUUUGGAGGCUACAACCCUGACUUUGAGGAGGGAGGGGGGUCCGAGAAUGAGGACUACCCUCUCUUCAGGGAGCUUUGGAAGUUUCAUUUUGCUACGGCCACCUGGCAGCAGAUACGCACAGAGGGUUACAUGCCCACAGAGCUGGCUUCUAUGUCAGCUGUUUUACACGGCAACAACCUGCUUGUGUUUGGUGGCACUGGGAUUCCAUUUGGGGAAAACAACGGCAACGAGGUCCAUGUUUGCAAUGUUCAGUACAAACGGUGGAACCUCCUCAACUGCAAAGGGAAGAAACCCAACAAGAUCUACGGACAGGCGAUGGUCAUCAUAAAUGGCUACCUCUAUGUGUUUGGCGGGACAACAGGCUACCUUUACAGCACUGACCUGCACCGGCUGGACUUGAGCACCAGAGAGUGGACCCACCUCAAACCCAACAACACACCCUCAGAUCUUCCUGAGGAGAGGUACAGACAUGAACUAGCUCAUGAUGGACAGAGAAUAUACAUUUUAGGAGGUGGGACUUCCUGGACUUCAUAUCCCAUGGAUAAGAUUCACGCAUAUAACUUGGAGACAAAUUAUUGGGAGGAAAUGGUCACCAAACCCCAUGAAAAAAUAGGAUAUCCUGCUGCCCGUCGUUGUCACAGCUGUGUGCAGGUCAAAGAUGAGGUGUUUAUAUGUGGGGGUUAUAAUGGAGAGCUGAUCCUAUCUGACCUGUGGAAGAUCAACCUGCAGACAUUCCAGUGGACCAAGCUGCUGGCAACCAUGCCAGAACCAGCCUACUUUCACUGCGCUGCCGUCACUCCGGCUGGCUGCAUGUACGUCCAUGGCGGCGUCGUCAACAUGUUUGGGAACCGAAGGUCCGGCUCUUUGUACAAAGUGUGGUUGGUGGUGCCCAGCCUGCUGGAACUGACCUGGGAGAAACUGCUAAAAACGUUCCCUCACUUGGCCCAGCUGUCGAGCCUUCAGCUGCUCGGCUUGGGACUGACGCACACACUCAUCCAGCGGCUCAAAUAGACGGAGCAACUGAAGCGGUAUGUGACGGAGCAGCACUGACUCUAAAAACACUGAAGGCAAAAAACGCUUUUCUUUUAAAGGACCAAGAGAGGCUGAUGUCAGAGGACUAUGGAAAACAUUUAAUGCCUUUUUAACUUAAGUUUUAUGUAAAUGUGAGUUUUUUUUUCUUUUUUUUUUUCUGUUUUUAGGCAAAAUGCAAUGUUUGGAUGUUUUGCUGUCAGACUUUGUUCUGCGUGCAUCUGACACCAUGGAUAAGCAUGGUCACCAGAAUCACUCCUUCUUUUGCUUAGCUCUUGUCAUUUCGGAUACACUAUCUAGUGCAUUCCCCAGUUUUUUGUGUUUUUACCACAUUGCUGUUAAAGCAGGAACAUUGAAAUGAUCCAAAGACCUUCUUAAAAGGGUAAAUUAAUUUGCCUGCGUUGAUGUCAUUUUAGAUCAAAGUCAGACUGAUCAGCUUGUGUCACUGUUGCUGAAGUGAUAAGUCAGCUGGUGCUACACCCACUGUCACAUAGGUAAGAUGACUGUAACAGUGCUGAUAUCAAAUUACAUUUUUUAGUAAUCAGUCAGAUUAUUUUAAAAGAGAGGACACUUUGACUGGUAUACUUAAAAGUCUAAUGAGGUCAAUUAUUAAAGGCGUUAUGUUUUAGCCUCAAAGGCCUUCCAAUUCUGACAUUUAGCUGUGAUUGUUACUGUACAGAUUUAAAAAUGUUCCAAAAUGUCACAUUAGGCCCUAGGAUCAGAUAACUCUAAAGCCUUUUUAACUCAUCAUGGCAUCACUGUGAAGCUUUAUAGUGCCUCUUCCAUUGUUCUUCCUCUUAAAGGAAAAAUAAAGCUUAAUUAAGUUGGAAAUGAAGGAAUUCACUUUUAGAGCCGCAGUGAUUCUCAUGCACUUUUCAGUUCUACAUUUGGUGCCUUCUGCAUUGUUACACCGUUUUAACACUUGAAUGUGUGUGUAGUAAGAUCUUCAUUUGUUCUGAACUGUGCACACAAAGCCUUCUUUCCCAUGUGAUCUACCUGGCGUUCUCCAAAUGAGCCUUUUGUUGCUGAAUCUUUCUGCUCCUGGAGAUGCAGUCAAAGUUAAAAGAGAAAUCUAUUUAUUUGAGCCUCUGUUUUGUUGCAGAACAUGUAGCUACAUUUCCGUUUUAAUGAAUUCUCGUUUCACUGCCCCUUGAUGCCUAAACUCAAACGCUUUUAUACUUACACAUAGUCGGAAUUUUCUUUUUCGUGUCGUUUUUCCAGAGAACGUGCUAUGGUGCCUUUUCUAAAAAGAACAAGGCAUGGGACUUGUAAUAAGGUAGGGUAAGAGGCGUACUCAGGAUGUGGCAUGCUUUGAUCAAAAUGUCAACAGAAGCUAGUCUCAUCUAUAACUAACUAUCAUAAUGCCCAUUUUCAUUUCAAAUAUCUACCUUAAUUGUUAUUUUUGCCUUAUUUAUAUCUUCUUAUGAAGAAACAGCUUCACUACACGCUCCGACUUGUAAAAUCGACUGCCUUGCAUAAUAUUGACAUGCUUAUAUUGGCAUCAUUUUUGAUGUUCAAAGAAAGUCAAAUGAUCUCCUUUGCAUGUCGGUAUGGUGUGCAUGUCACUUUACAUAAAUUCUCGGGAGAAAAGGUGAAUGUCUUCUCAAAAGCAACUAUGGCUGUAAUGUACAUAUAUUUUUCAGGUCCUGUCUGUACAAACAAUAAAAACAGGCAGACAGUUUUUCAAAAUGUUGUAUUGACGAGAGUUAUUAUUCUAGCUAGCACAGCCAGCCAUGCCACUCUUUCCAUAUAUAGGGUACCAGUGUUUUAUCUAAAAUGUCACAUUUUGGAGUUAAAGUCUAAAAAACAUUAUACCAGUACCUUUUUAUUUUUUUUAAACAAAAAGGUUUAGUGCAGAUACGUUAUAUACUAUUCAGUUGUAUUUGAUCAAAAAACAAAACAUACAGAUGUUCUCUUCAGUUUACAAAGACCGUAAGAGUGAGUUUAAGGAGACAUUGUUAAAUGUAUCUUACAAACGCUGCAUUUUACAGUAGUAUAGAUGUGCAACUUGCCUGAUAUUAAAAGGCUCAUUCAUUUGCAUGGUUGUACGGACUUUUAAAUAAUUACUAAAAACCUGUCAGAAUUUACACUGAAAGUAGUCAGAAAGGGAGGGGUUUUACAUUUCACAUUAAGGUCCAAUUCCAAACCUCCCCACUCCCCCCCACUGACUGAGUGGGUAGAUGGCAUAGUCUCAUUCAC